CAUUUCUCUCCAAUAAGCAUUACAUCUUUUGACUUUCUGUACGAGAAGACUUGUUUCAACAUUUGCUCCGAGAGAUAUUUCCAGAAAAAGAGAAUACCAGUAUUACACUUGUUUUCAGCCUUCUAGAUCAAACCACAGCACUCAUAAUGUAUCAAAUGGAAAAUCUGCUGACGCCCUCGCCUCCCUCCUACCUCAGUCAGCCGAAACUAAUCAGCCCGUCUUCGAUCGCCAUUAUAUCCUACGAACCUGACUUCAGCAAGGCCAUCGCUUCCAUCAUCUGGUCUCGACAUCGUACUCAAACGACCUCCGUCAUCUUCAAAUGCAACGUCGCCAACUGUCCGCUGUGCCCAUCAGAGGACGUCGAGUCAGCUACAACGCGUACUAGCAAGAGAUUGAUGAGGAGUCAGCGAAGAAAUUUUGUUCGCGCCAAGAGAUCGGUCGGGCAGAAGAACGGUAAAUCGACGACAGCUUUGGUCGCGGACUUUGCGUCAUUGCGUCUGACUUCAGCACGGCCAUGGAUGUCGCCUUCCUCAUCGUACUCGAUGACCUCGUCAGCCAGUAGCAGCCGCUCAGUUUCUCCGUCUAGCUCUAUCGAUGUCAACAGCCCAAGCGUCGAUACGACGUCCUCUUGCAAACUGACAUCGUUUCUCUCAUUGCCUUCGAAGCGACGCCGAGUCGACGAGAUUUAGACUCUUUCGACAAGAUCACAUCCAAGGAGAUUGAUGAGGGGAAUCUUCAAAAAUCAGACUGAUCUGCAUAACGAUCAAAUUAGUAUCAUCAGAUUUAUGUGAACAUCUGCUGAUUGUAUU